GAGAGAGAGCGCUAAUUAUGUGUGAAUUUUGUAAUGUGUAAUUUCAAUGUGUUUGUUUUCGCUGUGGGUGGGGGUUACAGAGAAAACACAGGCAUGUAGCUGAAUGCGAAACAUUUGGAUAUUGUGUCACUGGUUUAAACUAAAAGUCCAGCAUGCAUCACUGGCUGUUAUUGCUGUUUAUGAAUUUCCAAUUCCUGGGGAAAAAAUAUUUCCGGGUUAAGGGACUACGUUUCAUAAAUUCCAGCGUGAUGGAAUUACACAGGGUGUUGCUUCCUAUAAUAACAGAAGUUAGGUCUACGGACUAAUCUAUAGUACAAUCAUUAAGACAUGCACGUCAACAUCUGGUUUCCGGGAUCUGGUCGUAUUGGCCAUGCCUCCUUGGAACUGUCCAGCGGCAGGUACAUCAGCUGGUGGCCGUCUAACAACAAGAACUCUGGGGAGAAUGUUAACGAACUCGGCGCAGGCAUAGUCACCGGGUAUGGCCAAGACACUCUGGAUGAUGACAUAGAGUCGGAAGGAAGACGUCCUACCAAGGUCUUUAAUCUAGACGACCUUCACCUGGACGAGGAAGCGAUCGAGGAAUGGUGGAUCGGCUGGAUCAACGGCUGGAUCAACGGCUGGACUUACAUGCUUGUGGGCGCCAACUGCUGCAAUGUCGUGUACAACGCUUUACAAGCAGGGGGAGCGGCUUUUAGUCCAAAUGUUGUGUGGUCCCCGGGCGUUCUCUACUUUUAUCUGAUAUGGAUAACAGAGGGCUGGCUAGGCCUGGCUAGGCCAUUCUUGAACCCGUUACUUAACGUUUUGUUUUCAUUUCUGUUGUCUUAAAACAACAGAACUGAACUGUGACCUUAUGUCCAAGUGAUUUAAAUAUGAUAAAUGAAAAGUAUGAUACAUAAUCGAUCAGGGACUCAACACUUCAUUUCUCAAAACAGACCAAAUACAGGGACGUAGCUAGGAUUUGUUUUGUGUUUUUUGUUGUUGUUGUUUUUGUGGGGGUUUUUGUUGUUGUUGUUUCUUCUUCUUUUUUUUGGGGGGGGGUUGGUGGGGGGUGGGCAACUGAGUAGUUAAUA